CCGCUCAUUAACUUUUGCCGCGCCCCAUGUUUAUCGGCGGCGGUGUUUGCCGCUCGGCAAACUCGAUUGCCGAUGGUUUGCCGCACCCACUCCGUAUCCCCUAAUGUUACGGACGGUGAUUUACCAAAAAAAGAUAAUUAUACAUUAAAGUUGCAAACUCGCAUUGAAAAUGCAGGCUUAUCCACUUAUUUUCGGGCUUCAUGACCCACAUACAAACUCGGAUCAAGCGAAAGAUAAAAGUGCUGAAGCUCUGAUCCACUUUCAGAACACACUUUGGGGAUAUUUCAUAAUUUUCCAAAAUUCAGCAUUCAACAACAGUAACAGCACUCCAACAACAUAGAUCCAAUAAAAAAAAGAUGCAGCAGAUACAUCGGUGGUGGAUGCGGUUUCCCGGAAUUGAACUCCGAUUAAAAAAAUUUGCGGAGUUUACUCAGCCUGGAAAUGUAACUCCAGCGUUAAUUGACCAACGGAGAAGUCUUGGCCACCACGUCAAUGCUGAACUCGAAGAUCGUUAGGAGACUAAAUCGAGUCAGUCAAUUGAGUUCAUCCUCAGAGUCGCCACAGCUGUGCCGCCAGUUUACGUUUUCUGAGGUUCAGCUAGCAACCCGAAACCUUGAUGAGUCAUUCGUCAUAGGCUGUGGGGGUUUUGGCAAGGUUUACAAAGGAACCAUCACUAAUGGCCCAAAUCUUUCGACUGUCGCCAUAAAGCGGCUGGAUUCAACUUCUAAUCAAGGAGCAUCAGAAUUUUGGGCUGAAGUAAAUAUGCUUUCUAACCUAAGGCACUGUCACCUGGUGUCUUUCAUUGGUUAUUGCAAUGAUGGGCUAGAAAUGAUCGUCGUGCCAAAUGGAACACUUGAAGACCAUCUCCACAAGCGCCAAACUCCUCUAUCUUGGGUUCAAAGACUCACAAUAUGCAUAGGGGCUGCUCGUGGGUUAGAAUAUCUUCACACAGGUACGGGUAUUAAGCAUGGGGUUGUACAUCGCGAUGUUAAAAGUUCAAAUAUAUUGUUAGAUGACAGUUGGGAAGCUAAGAUUUCAGAUUUUGGAUUGUCCAAAAUAUGUCCAAAAAACCGGCAGACCACUUAUGUCAACACUGGCGUAAAAGGCACGUUUGGGUAUCUUGAUCCCGAUUACUUUUACACUGGUAAGCUGACCAGAAAAUCCGAUGUAUAUGCUUUUGGGGUGGUACUGUUUGAAGUCUUGUGUGGGAAACGGGCAGUAGAUAGUAGAAUUAAUGAGGAGCAUUGGGGUCUGGCAGUAUGGGCUCAAGAAUCCAUUAAAGAAGGUAGGCUAAAGCAAAUUGUUGAUACUAGUAUAAGGGGGUCAGUAUCUCCUAAAUGUUUAAAGGAGUUUGCACAGCUUGCAAAACAGUGCUUGCAUAAAGAUCCAAAACAGCGACCUACAAUGGCCAAGGUUGUGGUAGCUCUUGAGUCUACUCUGGCCUUACAAGACAACAAUAUAUUACAGCCUACCAGCAUGAAUUUUUAUGGACCGCCACCCACUUUUAAAUAUAAAAACCAAUUCUUUUAAAUACAAGUCGGGCAAUUACAAGUGGCAAAACAUGAGAAAGCCUGUCUGGAGAAUCAACAUGUGUUUGUCUCGUUUGCAUUUGAUACCUUUGGUGGUCUCGCUCCUGACGUUGUGCGACUUUUGAAUCGGGU